AUGAAAUUAUCAAGACCACAUGGAUUAAGAUAUUUUGCUACUGAGACCUUGAAGGGGAAGGUCUUCGACAAAAGACCUUUCAAAUGUGUCAUUGAAGCAGGAAAAAUCUACAAAUGGUGUGCCUGUGGUCAUAGUGCGAACCAGAGUUUAGUCGGUACCAACGAAUCCAAGUGGGGGGAGCCUCUGGAGUAUCUGGAUUGUAUUUCAUGCUCAUAG